AUGGCUCGCGAGGUCGCCUUUCCCCCUGCAAACGUUCAUCAUCAUUCGCCUCCGCGGAGCCUGAACUACUCCACAACGGUCCUCUCAACGUCUGCUGCUUCAGAUUCACAAGUGAUGGAGGUCGGACGUAUCCUUCAGGGUGCUAAAUGGCAGUAUCGACUAGUCAACCCGCUGACACACGGCGUGCACAUAUCACGAGUAUUCAAAGCAGAGAUGCUACCAGGACGCGAGCGUCGCAUUCCGGCAAAAUGGGCUCUCAUCAAAACAGCCUCCCCAGACAACACGGAUACCAUGAAAUUCCCACGAGAGGAACUGAAUGCUUAUAAUCUGUCCAGCGUCAAAUCCUGCACAAGCUUUCGGGCCCUCCAUGACAUCAUUGGUGAUCCCGAGGACCGUGGAGAGCACGCCCAAGAGCCGCCCAUGCUGGUUCUUGAGUGGCUGGAUUGUACUUUAUCAGACGUGCCCUCAAAACAUCACCUGCAGAACUACCCUUUAUUCAAGGCUGUCAUAGAUGCCGUCCUACGGAGUUCUGUCAGCUUGGGCAAGGAAUCUCUAGUCAACACAGACAUCAAGGCGGAUAACAUACUGCUAUCGGCUAUUGAUACAGACCGUCCGUUAGCCAAGGUGGGCGAUCUGGGUGUCUUGCGUCAAGAAGGCAUUACCUAUCCUGUUCAACCAUAUGCCAUGCGCGCUCCGGAAGUCUACCAAGGCGUGGGCUGUGUCCAAAAAUCGCAGAUCUGGGCCCUUGCCGCAACAUUAAUCUGCUGGAUCAAACCUGGCGUCUUUGGGACCGCAGGCAAUACAAUUCCUCUCUUCCAUGAAGGUUGGUCGGUGUCAAAGCUCUUGCGGCUUUUUCCUGACUGGGAUCCUCCGCCUAUUGCACAUGCGGUUCGCAGGACUCAAUUCGCCUUUGGAAACCACCUGGUCGAGCACCCUGUGCCUGAGAUGUCGAAAAUCUUAUCGUUGGAAGAAGAGUUGCAGGGAAUGGGUAUUCCAGCAGUGCUGAGGGAUUUGUUUCGUUAUUUACUGGUUGUUGAUCCAGCCCGUAGACCCUCAGCCGCGGAAGUAUUGGCGUCACCGGAAUAUCAAGCUCUACAGCAGGCAGCUCUCGCGAGCACCAGCCGCGGAAAUUAG